CAUGUGUGUAUGCUGUUUUUAUAGUCACAUUCAUUUGUGAAUUUUUUUUUUAUUCUGAAAAAAAAUUCAUUUUUGUUUUCUUCGAAAUCUUAAUUAUGAAAAUGGGCAAAUCUUCGAAACGAUAUUUUUCCUCAUCAUCGUCAUCAUCAUCACAUCAUCAUCGACGAUCAAGAUCGCCAGAUUCAAAACGAUCAUCUUCACAUGGUAAAUCAUCUUUGCAUAGUAGUUCAAAUAGAUCGUUUACAUCAUCAUUCGAUACGAAUAAACAUGCAUCGGAAAAACUAAAGAAAACAAUCAAGGAACAAAUUGGUGAAUCAAAAACAGAAACAACAUCUAGUAAAUUAUUCUUACCAGUUGAAGAACAAAUAAAACUGAUGAAUAAAAUCGAUGAAAUCAAUUAUGAUCCAUUCAAACCAAAAAAUUUUAUUAGUAAUCGAUCGGCAGGCAAGAAAACUGGUCAAUCAUCAAGUAAUUCAAAUGUGAACAUAAAUUUGGCAGAUAUACCAUUGCCGAAAGAUAUGAAUUCAUGGCAUGAAAAUGCUCGAUUAUUACUUGCGCCAAAGUUACUGGAAGGAACCAAAGAAUCACGACAACAAAAAUGGAAAGAUAAUUUAUUAUAUUAUGGUAAAAAAUUAUUAUUAGAUAAACAAAAAAAUGAAAUCGAUACAUGUACAUAAUAUGAUUUUUGCUUAUGGAUGAAUGAAUAUUUUUACC